AAGGGAAGCUGUUGUAAUUUAGGGAGGAGGAGUCGCGCCUUGAAAGGAGGUUAGCCUGCUCCCCGCUCCCCGCCGAGUGGUAACAGACCUGGUCGGGACCGACAAAUCUGGAAUUGCGGGGGAAAGGACGGGGCCGAAACAUUCUGCGGACAGUCACCAUGGGAGGCAAAGGAGGAUUCAUCCCGCUGCUGCUUGUCCUGGCUGUCCUCUGCCAUUCAGGUCAUAGCCUGACAUGUUACACCUGUGUUGCCAGUGAGGUGUGCAAUAAGACCACCGUUUGUUCGCCUAAUCUUGAUGCGUGUCUUUUGGUCAACGCCGAGCCAAACCUUUUUUACCACCACUGUUGGAAGUUUGAUGAUUGCAAUUACAACUUCAUCUCCAAAGCCUUAGGGCUGAGGAAGCUCGAGUACCGCUGUUGCCAGCAGGACCUGUGUAACAGAAACGCCGCGGCCCGGGGCGCCGGCAGCCAGGCUCUGCUGCUGAGCCCCCUGCUGGCGGCAGUCUGGACCCUUUGUCUCUAAAUCAACACCGGGAGGCCUUCUCCUAAUCUGUGUGUUUCUGUAUAUUUCUUAUUUCCUUGGCUGCUGCCUUCCAAAUUUUUCACCUGGAUCCCGCUGGGCAAGACUAAAACUAGCUCAAGACUAAGAGAGAGACUCUGAGAGACUUUGAAGACCAGUUCCUCCGGCAGCGAAGACCCAUUGGAGGGACAAAAUGUAAGGGCGCAGCUUGUGCCAUCUGAGCUAGGUCACAUGCUGCUUCCUCGGCUUUGCAAGAGUAGCCUCGCCGUGACAGCUUGAGUACCUUAGAUUCUCUGCAUGCCCCGGUCAUUUCCCCUCUGAUGGCUGGGAGGUAGUUACUAAAUACUCUGAUCAGUGCUUUCUGGGGUGGGGGGGAGACUGGGGCAGGGGAUUCUUUUCAACAGCCUCUCCCAGGGAAUGCCUUCAUCCUCUCCCUUUAUGGCCCCCCAUGCUGCCAUGCCGGCCUGACCAAGCUCCCACGUGUGGGCUGUCAGUCAGGCGCAGCGAGAGUCUCAGCACCGGGUGGGUGGGUGUGAUCGCAAUGACCUUUGUACUC